ACUAUAGCUUUAUCAUCGUCAAUUCAUUGUUUAAACUAUACAAAUCAGAAACUUUUUAAAGCAGUGAUUUAAUUUCACUAGCAAAAGCCAGGGGCCGAUUUCUCGAAAAAGAUGAUCCCGGGAUUAGCGGCUGAUCGCGAUCAAAAACGGGAUUAAGAUGAUCUUGUUAAUUUUUGGGUUUCACGAAACAUUAUCUGGAUCAUCUAAUGAGCUUAAUCCCGUUAUUUUAAUCCUAAUAAUUAAUAGGAUUAAAUCUCGGAUAAGCGAUUUAAAAAUGGCCGACUUUCACAGAAGAUUGCAGCGUCUGCGUGAGAGAGCGGCCGGAAUUACUAUUCCGCGCCUGUUUAGGGACAGAUUAAACCCGUUGGAGGUGGUUUCGCCAGAGGAGGUGUUUCGGCGCUACCGAUUUAGGUCGGAGAGUAUUAUUACGCUGGUGACACUGAUGUUUCCUUUGUUGGAGAGGGCAACUCUGCGUUCUUGUCCCCUACCCCCUCUUCUGAGUGUAUUAGUAACACUCCACUUUGUGGCCAGUAGUUCCCAUUACACCGUAAUCGGCGAUGUUCAUGGACUUUCGGCUUCAUCUGUGUGUCGCGCAGUGCGUAGGGUUAUUAUAAUUAUGGCUGGGCUUGCCAAGAGGGUCGUGUCAUUUCGGAGAGAUGUCGGUGUGUGCAAGGCGGAAUUUUAUGCACUUGCGGGAUUUCCUAAUGUCAUUGGUUUGAUAGACGGUACUCAAGUACGUGUACGAGCCCCUCAUGAGUUUGAAGCCGAUUAUGUAAACAGGAAAGGGUAUCAUUCGAUCAAUGUACAGAUGGUUUGUGAUGCAAAGCUUCGUUUUAUGAAUGUUGUUGCCAAGUGGCCAGGAAGUGUCCACGACUCCAGAAUAUUCAAAGAGUCACGCCUUGCUUCAGAAUUAGAGCAAGGCCAACAUAAUGGGUACAUACUGGGAGACAGUGGGUAUGACUGUAAGCCAUACCUUCUCACACCAUACCUGAAUCCAAGAACAGGACCUCAAGAAAGGUAUAAUGAAGCACUGGUUAGAACAAGGGUAACAGUGGAGAGGUCUUUUGGAGUGCUGAAAAGACGAUUCCCAUGCUUGUCGUAUGGUCUUCGUUUGGAACCAGAGAUGGCAUGCCAAGUGAUCAUAGCCUGUGUUUUUCUUCAUAACUAUGGCAUUGAACAUAGAGACAUCAUGGCAAACAUGCACGAUGCUACAGACAUUGACCAGCCUCAGGCAGAUGUUAUCCCAGCAAACGAAAAUGGACUUCGAUAUAGAGACAUUGUGGCCCAACGUUAUUUUUAAAAAUCUGUAUGGUUUUAUAUUGUUUGCAAUAAUGCAAACUGGUAUUAAAACAUCAAGCACCUUCAAAAUUAUUCUUACUAGUGAUCUUAUAUUAUUAGUCGAAUUUUAUAUUUUAUGCCCCCCCUUCGAAGAAGAGGAGUAUAUUGCUUUGCACAUGUUGGUCAGUCCGUCAAUUACUUGAAGUAUGGUCAUCAAACUUGACAUAAAGAUAUGGUCUGACCAGUAGAUGACCCCUAUUGAUUUAGGGGGCCAUUCGGUCAACGUCACAGUGGCAAUAAAUUUAAGGAUUUUAAAGCUUGUCCGAGUGAUUAAUCAACAAUGCCUAGACCUAUGGCCAUCACACUUGACAUGGAGGCUGGGCCUGACCAGUACAAGAUUUAUAUUGAUUUGAGGGGUCAUCAUGACAAAGGUCAUAAUGUUUGACAAACAUCUCUUGUUAAGUUAAAGCUUGUCUCUGUAGAUAUGGAAAUGUUAUCAUUCUCACGCUGGUGCCAAUAGCACCAUUUUCUCAUCUAAUUCUUGAUGUAUUACAUUGAAACUUUAAAGCUGCACUCCCACAGAAUGAACAAGCCAAUUUGGGGAAAAACAGUUAUAUAACACUGCUGACAGAGUUUGAUUGAAGAUUUUUAUAUUGAAGUUAAAAAAUAAAUGUUUUAUGCAUUUGU